ACAAGCGACUUGAACUUCCCACCUGUAAAUUUCAAGGACAUUAAAACUAUCAGCCUGUUAGCUGACUCUCCUCAAAUAUUCCCGGGCAGUACUCCAUGUAUACUGAAAACCCUGCUUUGCUCAGUGGGAUUUCCCACCGCCGAGUUGCUCCACCCCAAAAGGAUACGGGGAGUUGGAGCGAUUAGCCAGCCAAAAGAGUGUAGCCGAACUGUUCGCGAGCUCCACGAAGUUCGAGAGUAAAGUCCUGUGCGUGUAUAAUCACAUGGCAUUUUAAGAAUGCUCCAAAGAUGGCGGUAGCAACGGCAGUUUCUGGUAACAGAGUGCAAAAAAGUGGGCUUUUAGAAGUGUUGGUUCGGGACCGCUGGCACAAAGUGCUUGCGAACUUGAACGAAGACGCCCUAACGUUGAGCUACGAGGAUACAGGGGAGAAUGUCAACUUAAAUGGUAUUACCAAUGGAUCUUACGGGACUAACUCCAGUCACCUCGAUCCCACGAACAGUCCCAAACCUGCGGUGAGGACAGCUUUCACGGAUUUGCCGGAGCAAGUGCCGGAGGCGAUUGCGAACAGAAAGAGAUGUGUCAAAGUAAUAAAACAGGAGGUUGGAGGACUCGGAAUUAGCAUCAAAGGUGGUAAGGAGAACAAGAUGCCGAUACUCAUUAGCAAGAUAUUUAAGGGUCUAGCUGCGGAUCAGACUCAAGCUCUGUAUGUUGGGGACGCAAUACUGUCUGUCAACGGCGUGAAUCUGAGGGACGCUACUCACGAUGAGGCGGUGCAAGGACUAAAGCGGGCUGGAAAAGAGGUGAUUCUGGAAGUAAAGUACAUGCGGGAGGCUACCCCGUACGUGAAAAAGGGUUCCCCUGUGUCUGAAAUCGGUUGGGAGACCCCUCCUCCAGAAUCACCCCGCCUCGGCAGCCCCCACUCAGAUGCCCCCAGCACACCCUCUGUGUCUCUGCAAGGGGACAGGAGGCACUUCCCCCUGAAAAUGUGCUACAUCACCCGAGGGAUGACCACCUCUGACCCUGAAAACAGACACUUUGAGCUGCAUUCUCCUGACGCCAAGCACACAGUGGUCCUGAGGUGUAAAGAUACGGCCAGUGCACAGUCCUGGUUCACAGCCGUGCAGUCCACUGCGAUGAACCUCACCGCCAGAGCGAUGGCAGAGGUCAAAGAGCAGACAGGCAGGAUAGGGAUUGCUGGGAGCCGGGAGAUCCGCCACUUCGGAUGGCUCGCAGAAAAGACGGAGAAUGAGAAGCAGCGGUGGAGGCCCGUGCUGGUGGUGGUGACAGAGAAGGACCUGCUCCUAUACGACAGCAUGCCCAGAAUGAAGGAGGCCUGGUUCAGCCCUACACACACCUACCCCCUGCUUGCCACACGGCUGGUGCAUUCUGGGCCAGACAGGGGCUCCCCCCAGCCUGGUCUGGAGCUGUCCUUCGCAACGCGUACAGGCACCCGACUGGGCAUUGAGGCCCACCUCUUCCGAGCCGAGACCAACAAGGACCUGUCGCUGUGGACCAGGCACAUUGUAACUGGCUGCCAUGCCUCCGCCGAGAUGAUCAAAGAGGUCACCACUAGCUGCAUGUAUAAGAACCAGGAGUGCCGGCUGGUCAUCCACUAUGAGCAGGGCUUCUCGGUGCUGGCCGAGCUGGAGGAGGGGUGCCUGCUCAAGCCCCUGUUCAGCUACCCUUUUGAGAAGCUCAAGAUGUCUUCCGAUGAUGGCGUGCGCAUGCUUUUCUUGGACUUUGGGGGAAAGGAGGGCGAAAUUCAACUGGACCUCCACUCCUGCCCAAAGCCCAUCGUCUUCAUCCUCCACUCGUUCCUGUCUGCAAAGAUUGCCAGGCUUGGUCUGGUGGCGUGAGGUGGACAGAAGCAUUCUGAGGUGCAUCAAAGACAAGACAUGCACCUUGGAACUAAAAGACUGAAAGACUACACAAUCGACACACGAUCUGCACUGAUCCAGAGUCAGCCAGCUCCAAAUAAACAGAUCGUAUUUCAGAUGCCAAUUAGCCCAUUUCUGUAUUUAUAGAAUGACACACAUUAUC